AUGGCUUCAAAUGGCACUCCGCGCAAACCCCGUAAGAAGGCAACACCUCUCUCCUUCUCUACCACAAAUAUCGGUACCUCUCUAUCACAAGGUUCAGCCGUUGCAUCACUAACUUCGCCUUCGCAAUUGGUCCUGGGAUAUUCGGCUGGACAAUUAAUUCGCACACCACCGGUCACUUCAUCUUUCAAUAUCGAAGAUCGAAAAUCUCCGAGGUCGCCUACUCCGCGCUCUACGAUUGCAUCCAAGAUUGCAUCGUCACAGCCGCGUGCAAGAGUGAAUCAGACAUAUCACGCUUUGGGAAAUAAAGCUGAUUUAGCUCACUUUGCAAAUUCACAUUCACAUCCACAUUCACCAUUUACGAACGCCGAAAGUUCACUUGGUGAUCUUUCAAAUAGAGCAACGGCGCAUGCUGGGGAAAUACCAGUUGCAAAGAUGGCGAGUUUGCAUGUUGGUGACGGCGAUGCGCUUGCUGCUAACUUGAUGGGAGAUGCUUCGACUUUGCCAGCGAUUAACAUGGCUUCUGUUGCUUCGGCGCCUCAACUGAUUCCAAAUUCCAAUACAAUAGAUCUCGGCGGUGACAAAAUCCACAACCUUUCUCACAAUGAUAGCAAUAGAGAGACAAAUUCAGCAUCAUUUGACAAAACACCGGUAACAUCGGCACAAGAACCAUUCCUCACAACCAAUUCCGAAUUUCCCACCAACACCGAUGCCAAUAAACAGCAAUGGAAAGCCGCAGUCAAAGCGAACAAUCCCCCUCGCAACCCCUUCCACCUAAGUCUCCCAAACCAAGCACAUCGACGCACUGCGAGCCAAGGAAGUCAGGGAACCCCAUCAAACAAUAAUCGUAGCGGAAUCGCUCUCUCAAAUGCGUAUACCCAAAUGGUCGAAAGUGUGGAGAAAGCAAAUGGGACUCAGGGAAACGCAAAUAUUCAAGCGACUGCAAUGAUGACUGGUAGAAAUCCCUUUUCGAGACCUUCAGCCGUGGCGGCGUUGGAUGUCGCGCCGAAUUUUGAGGCGAAUUUCAAGGAGAUGAUGGAGACGUUGGGGAAUGCCAAACCGGGAGAUUUUUUGUGUGGGAUGGAUUUGAGUGGUCGAUUUGCGCAGGCUUCUUCUGUGGGGGCAGUGAUGAGACGGGGUUUUGAGGAUGGGGCGAAGGAGGGAUUGAGGAUGCAACUUGUGGAUUGUUCGGCCAAGCAGGAGAUUGUGAUGAGUACUGGAAGUCAAGCUGGUAGGACAUUGUCGUCAGUACAAGUCACUACACCAGAUCGUUCUUCAAAAUUGCAAAUGAGAUCGCCUUUUCAGACUUCGAUGCAAAUGCAACCUACAAAUCAUCCUACCGCACAAGAAACAAUGAUGAACACUGGCAAUCAAGCUGGUGGAAUAUCAUCGGUAGCACAAAUCACCACACCAGAUCGUUCUUCGACGUUUCAAUUGAGAUCGCCUUUUCAGACUUCGAUGCGACCUGUAACUCACUCUACGACUCAGCAAAACAUUACGAACAAUGGAAAUCUAUUCGAAGGAACUUCACUGUCGACAGGUCAAAAGAUUCUGACGGACUCCUCACUCGGAUCUAACUUUCCAAAUACUACGCAAAUGCAUCAAUCUAGUGGUCAAGGAGAUACGAUGAAUAAUGGUGGAUAUGAUAGUGGUGUUCAAGAUGAUAAUGCACCAUCUUCGGAUAUUAUUGGGGAUUUCGCUAGAGAAUAUGGUUCUGCAAAUCAUAAUGCGUGGUUGACGGCGGAUAUGAAUGAGUCUUCGAUUCAAGGAAAUCCAGCAGCAAGUAUAAUCGGAGCCUCACCUUCAACUCAUGCGAAUACAAGAGUGGAUAUGGUUGGAUCGACAACUCAAGCACUUUUGCCUAAUACUGCUGGUCAUCCAAUGGAUGGAAUUACAUUUACUGGCAGCAACAAUGGGAACCUGUCAAGUGUAUCUGGUGGAUAUAACAUGAAUCUUGGGCCAAAUACUUCGAGUCAAGUGAUGAGUGGUGCUCUUGCAUCUGGACUUGGACCAGAUACAAACAAUUAUGAACAAUCUUCUCCUCGACAGGUUAUACGUCAAAGUAGUGCUACUCCUGUACAUGGGCACACUCCUAAUAACUCAAUGGAAUCGAGAUUUAGUCAUAUGGGCUCACAAGUAUUGAAUUCCCCCAAUCAUCCUGUUCAAUCGACACUCAAAUUACGCAGAUCUGCUACACCUAUUCAGUCAGCCAUCAAAUAUCCUAAUGAAGGCUCGCCAGCAGCAGUGAAUUCAAUCGCUAGAUCAACAAGAUCCAGCUCCGCGACACUGACUGCUCCCGAAGUUUCUCUUGACGAAACCUCUCCAAAUCCUUCACAUCCAGCCAGUUUUCAUCAAGACACUCCAUGUAUGCCAGAUACACCUCUUUUUACAACUCGCAAUCCUUUACACCCUUCAAGUUUCCAUCAACCUACACCUCGUGCUCAAUGGCCAACAUCGCGUGUUCCGAUCCCUCCAAAUCCUGCCGUAUCGGGUAAUACGCUGGGUUAUUUCGAGCCGUCUCCAAUGUUCAACUCUCAGAUAAAUGCGAAUUCGAAUACAAAUUUGAUGAACUUGAAUAGAGAUAUGCUUAUGCAAUUCAACCCUACUUUUCAACAACAUCAGUAUAUGCUAAACCAGAGAGGCCAAAACAAUCUACAAUUGCCGCAACAAUUUCAUCAGCCCAUGCAAUCAGAUCAAUUCGAAGCCAGGAUGAAUCAAGCCGCAAUGGAGAACGAAGCAAAUGGAAAUGGAAAUCAAGCAAAUAUACAAGGAUACACUCCACCCGUCUCACCACCCGUCUCUAUUCUGAACACCUUGUUCCGUCACCGUGCCAGUCGAUUGGAAAACUUUCAACCUCUGACCGAGGAAUCCAUCGAACCCUUACGUCUCUAUCAAGUUGCUGCUGGUAUCAAUACUUCGCUUCAAGCAUAUAAUCUCAAUAGUCCCAUGCCUUUUGAUAGAAAGCCACCUCCGCGACUUCCGAACUAUCUUAUUCCAGAUCGUCGUUCAAAGAUCAUUGAUUUGGAUGAUCGUCCCUUAGCUCUAAACAAGUUGACCGUUGGAGAAAGCUUUGAAUGCGACUUUUGUACCGGAACACCAAAUUUAGGUAGAAUCAAUCGGUAUAAUCAUGACUUCGUGGAGAUCUGGGGUCCCGCUGGUAGAGAUUGGUGUGCUGAAUGUAAGCAAGCCGGAAAACAUAUACUCGCAGCCGCUCUUACCGAGAAGAACGACCACAACAAGAAAGGAAAGCGGCCGGCUAAAGAUCCAGCAGGACCCGGUCCGACCCCCAAAAGGCAAGCUCAUGCAUCAUCCGCUUCUUCGACCAAGAUGACUCGUUCAGCUACUGCUGCGACAGCUAGCUACGAUCGCUAUGCGCCUUUAUCCGAAGAAUCUAACGUCUUUGGUGAUCCCCUUGAAAUCCUCUCGCCAAUCGAUAAUAUGUUGAUUAAUCCCUUCAUGCACAAUCUCACAUGUCGCGGCUCCGCGUAUCGACAAAUCGAUCUGUACAAGACGAAAAUCUGUUUGGCGUGUAAAGUGAGGAAGAUGGAGAUUGUGAAUCAUGGGUGUCAUGAUGAGUUUACGCAUAUUGUGGCGUUGAAUAUGGAUGGCCAGUGGCAAGUUGGGUGUGGUCGAGGACUUUCGGGUGCGGGUUUGAGGGAUGGAGAGGGUGGUUUGGGGGCUGUGGAUGGGAGUUUUGGUGAUUUUGGAUUUGAUGUGGGCAGGGAUUUGAGUGUGGGAAAUAUGACAGUGGAGGAGAUCAAUUCGAUUGUUAAUGUUGGGUUGAGUGCAGGUGGUGUGCAAGCAAGCAGUGGUGGUAUGAAUCCAAGUGUUAUGCAACCGACCAGCACGCACACAGACAACAUAAACUCUCGCAGAAACUCCAUCGUCGACUCACGCGCCAAUCCCCUCAUGAGCACUAGCAUAGAUUUCGAUAUCGACUCCGAUCUCCACUGCGAUAUGAACUCCAUCCUCAACAGCUCUAUGGACUCUAUGUUCGGCAACGACGAUUUCUCCUGGGGCACAUCCGGUUGGCUAAGCACCCACACCUCUACUUCCAACUCUGCCAUUCUGCUUCCUACACCCACUCUCACUACACCCUCCAUUACCUUUCCCUCCCCCAGAGACGAAACACACGAUCAUCAAAUCCACAUGAACCGACUUCCGCAUCGUCCCAUCUCUAAAUCCUGCAUGAUCUGUCCCGCACCCUCCGUUUUUCUCUGCGACGGCUGUCCUUUGACGCUCUGCGAAAAAUGCAGAUAUCGUCUUCGAGAUGCAAAGGGUUGGUUGAAUAAUCUGAUCUAUAGUAAUGGGGUCAAUCAUAAUCGGAAUGAUGCAUUUUUGUUAAGGAGUGAUGAUGGUGGGUAUUAUGAUUAUGGAAAGUUUUGGCCGGUUCCGGCGCAUGUAAAUGGGAAGGGUGUGUUUGGAGAUGGGGGACGUUGA